AUGGGGAGCAGUUCGAGUCAAGCAGGCUUCUGUGAAUGCAAGGAUGUGGUGAACAAGGUGAUCCAUGCUGAUGCAGUGGAGGAGCAAUGGCAGGUCUCCGCGGCAGAUGAGAUGGAUGUUAAGCCCCAAGAGGAGGUCUGCAAGGCCGUUGAAAUCACGCCAAGAAGUGUGAAGAUGAAGGUCCAGAAGACCAAAGUGGAAGACAGAGCUGGCGGCAGCUACACGGGCGAGUGGUUAGGGUGCUUUCGGCAUGGCAAAGGGACGCAGGUCUGGGCCGAUGGCUCAUGCUAUUCGGGCCAAUGGCUUCAGGAUGUUCCUCAUGGCAAAGGUCGACUUGAGCAGGGGGACGUUUACGAUGGGCAAUGGAGAUAUGGCAAGGCUUGUGGCCAUGGCAUUCACAUUGCAGCGAACAAAGUCAGGUACGAGGGCGAGUGGGUCAACGACCAAAAGCAUGGCCACGGGGAGGAGCAUUAUGCUGAUGGUGGACGCUUCUCUGGAAGCUAUGAAGAAGGCUACAAAUCUGGAGAAGGUCUUUUCCGCUGGCCAGACGGCUCUGAGUACAAGGGCCACUUUUUCAAGGAUUACUUCUGCGGUCAUGGCCGACAGAAGUGGCCGGAUGGCCGUAGCUAUGAUGGGCAGUGGCAAGCAAACCUGAUGCAUGGUCAGGGACGCUUCAAAUGGCCCGAUGGCCGAUCUUACCACGGCACUUAUCGUGAUGGUCUGAGGCAUGGUCAAGGCAAAUUCGUUUGGCCCGAUGGUCGCAUCUACGAAGGUGAGUGGGAGGCAGGCAAACAGCAUGGCAAAGGCACUCUCACGGAUAAGGGCCAAGUCAUCAGAGGGGAGUGGUCGAAAGGGCUGCGAGUGAAGUGA